AUGCGUGCCAAGAGAAAAGCCAGAAUCGAGAGCUCGGCCAAGAAUCUCAUAAACUCCGUUGGAUUGUUGAUUGCUGCUGAUAAACCUGGCUAUAUCCAUGUCGGAAGGGGAAACUUUUCCGUGAGGGCUCUUCAUGCUGCUUUAACGAGGGAUGCAGAACCACAAUCUAUAUCCUUGCUCGAAGAAGCAUCUGUGGAGUUCGACACUAAUCCCAACUCGGAUCUGAGCGCAUGA